AUGCAAAGAAAAAGGAGAGCCGAUAGUGAGACCUAUCAUUCUGCUGAGAAGCCAGGAUCCAAAGAAAGGAAGAUAUCAAAUGAGAUGGAUGGAAGAAUUCGGACUAGUAGUAACGAGAAAAAACAGUAUGAUUAUAACUCUAACUAUACACAAAAGUAUCACCCUGAUUCGAACUCUAUUCAGGUGUUUGAUGAGUUCCGCCCGAAGGAGGUUCGACGUUCACCUGACCAGACAGAAAGAGAGUCAUCAAGUAUUGCUGGGGAGACAGUUUACAGUUUUUGACCAAUUUCCUCUCAAGAAGCUAAUUUAAUACGCCAGAAGCAGAUGCAGCAACUAGGUUCUAACUUGCAAGGCCGGAGGAAAUGGAGCCAGGACGAAAUUAAACUUUUAGAUUAUGCCAUAAAGAAAUACUGAGAUACUUAUAAAAUAAAGCAAGCUAAUCUGACCACAAAGGAUUAUAAAAUAAUCCCAUGGAAUAUUCCAGGCAGAACAGAGACCCAAUGCAUGUCACAGUGGAAAUAAGAGGAAUCGGGAUCUAGUGUCAUAUACUAAGAAAUCAUGGUCUCAUAGAGACAACCAGAUCUUAUUCAACCUAGUACAGAGUUAUGGAGCAAUGAACUGGAAGGAAAUCUCUGAGAUGUUCAAUUGCCAAGAAGGCAUCUCCAAAAUCAGAAAUGGCAAACAAUGUCGAGAAAGAUGGCUAAAUCAUUUAGAUCCAAAUAUUAAUAAAAGUCCUUGGACCCCUUUCGAGGAUCUGACCCUUCUGGAAAGACACUGAGUUUAUAAUAAUCAAUGGGCUAAAAUUUCUAAAGAGAUUCAUGGGAGAACAGAGAUCAUGGCUAAGAAUCGGUUUAAUGCUCUCAUGAGGAAGAAGAAGGCAUCAAUGAAACGGAAUAAUCACAAUAAGGCCCAGUUAGAAACCUCUGGGAAUAUUGCUGACCUGAAAUCUCCGACUAGAAUCGGAGAGGAUAAUCAUCAAUGGAGAACAGAGCUAAUUGAUGACUUGAAGAACACAAUUACUAAUAACCCCAACAAUAUGAGUAAUGCGAUUCAUUUCACUCCUAGUGAGUUACCAAUGGAAAUCAAUAAUUCUCAAGAUGAUGACGAUAUUUGUGUAGAUACUCCUAAAAUAACUUCCCAUAAAUUAGGAAGCUGUCUGACAAAAAGCCGCUCUAUUGGCUCACCAACAAACAGAAGUAAUCUGAAAAGCAGUCAUAGUUAUACCAAAUUUAGUAGUAAGAUCUAUAAGAGUCAAGAAAAAUUGAAUCAAAACUGGAGCAAAGAUGUUGAAAUGACCACAAAAAACCAAUCCACAGCCCUUGGAAAUUUGAUCACCACUCCUAGGUGACUUCCAGAUUCAAACUCAUUUGAUGACACUAAGAUAUGUGAGAGUGGUUCUACAAAUCAUCCGCCUGUGCAUGAUCUGAGGAAUAGUCCCAGUUUGAACCAAGUAGCACUGCGCCUCAAGAAUUCAACUGAUAACAAUACUAAGAAAGAGAAAUCCGAGAUUUCUUCUAAGGUGAAGGAAGAGGUCAAAAGCGUGAUUGAAGUACUCCAAAAGAAAAAUCCUCAAAUAAUGGAAGCUGUCUUGAACGAAUUAAACAACCUAAAGCUUUCUAAUGACGGUAGCAAAUCUUUGGAAUCUUUCACAGAUGAAGAAGAUAUUCUCAUUCAGUCAGAUGCUAAAGACAAUACUGAGAUUCCUACUGAAGGCAAAGGAGCUAGUAAAAUUAUCAACACACAAUUAUCUUGAGGCCCGAAUGAAGUUUUACUAGAAAGGCAAAACUCUUUUCCAAGCAAGCUAACAGAGCCUAUCAAACCGAGGCAAACUCCGAAAGGAAUGAAUUAUUGUGACUCUGUGAGAGCUAAUUACUCUCACACUCCUCGAGGUAGGAUCGAGUUCAAAGCUUCUCAAAAGAUAGGCGUCAGAUUCGAUAAAAAGACCGGAUUUGGGAUAGACCAGAAGGAAUCUUUCAAGUUCACUAAAAUAGAUAAAAAGAAGUCUAUCUCCUCAAAUAAAAGUUUGAAAUCUGUAAAUAAUGUAAAGAAUUCCCUGAAGAGUCUUGUGCAUGCAGAUCCUGUGCAUAUAAAGAAGCCAUUCAAGAAGAAAGUUCCGAAAGACAGGAAAUCAAAAUUCCUAGGAUGCUCAAGACCUGGUCUAAAGAAUGACAACAAGGACAAUUCGAAAAUUUCAAACAGUAUUAUCCCUGAGGAGUUACCUAGCAAUACUCGGAGAUUUGUUGAACCCUCUACUAAUAAAGUCCUAUAUUUUACCUGAGAAGGGAAGAUUUACACAGAAGAUAAAUCUGGUAGACUCAUGCAACUGGACGGCUUAGAAUCUAUCUUCCCUCAAAAUGGGCAAAACACGGUGCAGAACAAGGGAAGACAUGCCAAGAACUCCUAUUCUGAGAAUGCGACUACCUUCAAUAAUCCAAAAGAGCUCCAAUUCGGUAAGCCAGAAGCCUUUAUGGAACCUGAGCCUUUUAUGCAAUUCUCAAAGAGUUUGUACCAUGAAAACAUCCCGUUUAUGUCUCCAAGGGUCGGGCCGAUGGAAAUGGGACUAGUUCAGGAAGAUUCUUGAACAAAUUUUGACUAUCCUGGCCAGUUCCGACAGUAUAGUACUUAUCAGCAGUCAGAUAAUAAUUUGUGGAAGAGCAGUGACAAAAAUCUGUUCCCUAGUUUCUGAAAAAUGUUCAACCCUUAGACUAAGUGAACCAUGA